CAGUUUACACAAUUACAGUUAAGAGAUAUAACAUGGCAAAAGGGAACAGUGAUUAUGUGGCAUAAAACCAAACCUACAAAAACAAACAAACAAAAAAACAACAGCCGUAUUUAACUCUAUUGAACAAAGAUGUACAAUCCUUGUCUUUGCAGGGUGGAAUAAACUGCAUAGUUGUACCGAGAAAAAAAAUAAUUAAAUAAGCACGUAAGAACACAUUAAGAAACAUAACCAUAAUUUUCCUACACGACAAUAUUUGAAACAUAAUUUAUAUCGCAGGUAGACCAAGUUAAUCGAGUUGAAGCAACAGACAGGAUUAUGAGCUGAACACUGAUCAUCCCACUGAGCAAAAAUGGCGGAUGACAAGGAUCCACUGAAACAGUUACGAGAUCUGACGCAGCUCAAAAAUCAGUUGGAAGAAAUCCAGAGGCGAGUAGAGAACGAAGUGUACGUGGGAAUCCCUCAGGAAGGCUCAGUGUUUGGAUCCCCAUUUCUAAAGGGCCUUUUAGCUGGCUACGUGGUGGCCAAACUACGCUCUUCUGUCAUCCUGGGAGUGCUGCUGGGAACAGUCACUGGCAUGUAUGCGGCACAGAACUAUCAAGUGCCCAACAUUGAAAGGACCGUGAAAGAGUAUAUUAACAAUUUUAAAAAAGGACCAAAGUGAUUUGGACUGACUGCUGCUCUUUCCAUAACAGCUACGAGGGGAAGAAACAUUGUUGCAUAUGCUGGCUUGUCGGUGGCUCGUGAUGGAUUAGCCUCCCAAGAUUUCUGUGUAGACUGGAUUAUGGAUAUGACUGGAAUUUCAUUUGGGACUCAGUAAAAGACUACAAUUUUUAGUUGCA